AUGCGUAUGCUGUGCAGUGACGCAGAGGAAGCUGAGAUUUCUCAGUUUGAGCUGGGGUUCACCACAAAGCUCCGUCUGAAGAGCGAGGCUGUUCCCACUCUUGGUCUUCCACGAGCGAGGAAGGAGCUCCCGACGUUGCUGCCCAGCCACGGAGACUCCGGGCGCCACUCUGAGAUUUCCAAGUUCCUGAGGGCUUUCAACAUUCAAGGACUGUCAGAGCAAACUUUUUACAAGCAUCAGGCCAAGCUCCUCAUCCCGACGGUCAGCUGGCAGUGGAAGCUUGAGCAGGACGAAAAAAUCAGGGAGGCAGCUACUGGUGGGCCUUUGACACUGGGUGGGGAUAUGCGUGCUGACUCUCCAGGACAUUCAGCUAAAUACGGUAGUUACACCAUGAUGAAUCUGCAAAGUAACAGCGUCAUUGACAUCCAACUUAUCCAGAGCAGUGAAGUUGGGAACAGUGUAAGGAUGGAGAAGGAAGGAUUUAUACGCAGUCUGACCAUGCUGGAAGAGAAGGGUGUGAAAGUACAGGCAAUUGUGACGGACAGACUAUGA